AUGCCUCAUUCCACCACAGGUGAACCACCCUCACUGCUUCUCAUGGGCCGGAGACUGCGCAACCGGCUGGAUUUGCUGACACCUUCACUUGGAACACAUGUGGAGGCUCGCCAAUACAGUACCAUGGUGAGUCGUACAGCACAUAGAGGCUUCUGCAAGUUCAAUGCCGGCGAUUCCGUUCUAGCUCGAAAUUUUGGAAGGGGAGGAAAAUGGGGGCGUGGAGUAGUUACUGAAGUCCUUGGGUCUCAUCAUUAUAUUGUCAGGGUGGCAGGUAAUCUGUGGAAACGACACAUAGACCAGCUGCUGAGACACCCUGCAGAUGUGGCUCUGACGCGUGGCUUUUUAGCAUCCGACUACCAGUCUACGCCGCUUGAUGUAUCUCCUGAUAUGGAUCAGCCUUAUGAGAUUGUUUCCCACUCAAUUAUACCGUCUACUUAUAUCCCUCCCACAGCAACACUGGUAGUUCAACUGGUAGUUCAACCGAAUUCUUUAUGUGAAUAUCCUGUGGAUACGGAAAAACGUUAUCCUACUCGGACAACCCAUAGGCCCCCAAAACACUUGAAAGACUACGAGUUAAAGUGA